GGAGAUGGCGGCUGGUCAGGCGUCGGUUGUGCUCCUCCCGGUGGAGGCUGCAGGAUACGCGCAGAGUCUGCAGGAGUUUCCCCUUAAAGACAUCGGCAGCGUCCGGUGGUUCAGACAGCAUGAGUACAUUGAGAAGCUGAAUAUGCAGGCCAUCAUCGAUGCCACUGCCGACCAGGAUGAAUUUGUCAAGGAGAUUAUUUACUCUCAUGGGAAGGUCCCCACUCUGAUUCAUGAACUCAUUGUUGUGGAAGUCUGGAAGCAGAAGGUGUUUCCUGUGUUGUGUCGGCUCCAGGAUUUCACCCCUAAGAGCACAUUCCCCAUAUAUAUUGUGAUUAACAACAAAAGGGUCCUGAAAAUCCUAGGCACAAAGUCUGUCAUUCAGGGGGAAGCGGAUGGCAAAGGUUUUACAAAAAUGGUGACCGCAAAUUGGAGAAUGACUUCUGUACUGCUGCAACUAGAAGUUGUGUUUUAUGCCACCCAGAUUCAUCACGAAGCAACCAUUAUUAACCUUCUAGAAACUAUCUUUUACCAUAAGGAUGUGUGUGACUCUGCAGAUGAGGCGGUGCUGGACCUUGCUGAUUACUGCCAUCGAAAGCUGACCCUGCUGGCUGCACGGAGUGAUGGCUGUGAAAAGCAGGAAUUGGAUAGAACAUCGCCAGCAUCCUUAGAGGAAUUACAGAAGCAGAGUCAAGAGCUGGAAUUUGAUAUCUCCCUGAAGGCUCUCUCUAUUCUUCGCUAUAUAACUGAUCACAUUGACAGCCUGCCACUGAGUGUCCAGACACGACUCCUGAACACACACAAUAUCCCCUGCGUGCUGGUACACCUGGUGGAAUACUGCCCCUGGAGCCGAUACAGUUCCAAAGGUGAAUUGAAGAGGUACGCUGAUGGCAAGUGGCACAAAGUCCCCAUUGAGGACAGGCUGAAAAUAACUAAGCUAGAUGGGCAGGUCUGGAUUGCAUUGUACAACCUGGUGCUGAAGCCUGACUGCCAACAGAGGUAUGACUUCAACAACUUCAACAAGAACCAGCUACUCAAGCUGCAAAGCUUCCUGACCGAAGUUGUCAUUGACCAAUUACCCAACUUGGUGGAAUUACAACGUUUUCUGGGCCACCUUGCCAUGACAGACCCACCUCCGCCAAAGAAGGAUCUCAUCUUGGAACAGGUCCCAGAUAUCUGGGAUAGGAUCAUUCGAGAGAAUUCUAACAAGUGGAAAGCCAUUGCAAAACACCAAGUGAAAACUGCAUUUAACCCUUCUGAGCAGGAUUUACGUGAACAGGCCCACAGAUUGAUAGAAACUUACAACCUGGAUGUGAUGGAGAAUCUGCUUCCAGAUCACCCAAAAUGUGGAUUUUGCGGAGCAGAGGCAACAAAGCGAUGCUCCCGGUGUCAGGUUGAACGGUACUGUCAGAGGGAGUGCCAGGUGAAGCAUUGGUCGAAACAUAAGAAUGCCUGUGACCUGAUGGCCGUUGCUGCCAAAAAAACAACUGAAUGAAGAAUUUGAAAUCAGACACUAGAAACUAAACUUAUGAAUACCUGGCUGCAUCUCUGCCAACUGGGCACUGAACAGAACCAUGCGAUCCCAGUCAGGGCACAAUUACGCAGACGUAUACUAGGCACUCCCAUUAACUUUCAAAGUGCGACACAUUGGCUGACCUAGCCAUACAGAGUUCCUGUUCAUGCAGAGAAGUAAAGGUUAACUGCUGGGAUUGUUUUUAAAAUACAAUUUGUGAAACAGCCAACAGUUGUAAAAUCACCCUGUUCUAUCUCACUUUGGUGUUCCUUAAAUGGUGUUUGUCAGUGUGAGUCUAGGAGAGCAACCAAUACAUCGAGUUUAUGGCUGUUGAGUAAAAGUUUAAUCCACAACUGAAAAUUUGUUCUUGGGUAAAGUAUUCCCCUUUGUUUCUAGGAGAUAGGGUUUGAGUGUUCACUUGGUGACACUACACGUGCGUGUGGUGAACUCCUUAUUCUGCAGUUUUUAUAAAGUAAAGGCAGCAUUUUGGGUAAGGGAAUCAAUCCGUGCACACCCUACUCGCUUUCAACACAGUGCGAUCAGGAAAAUGGAGCCCAGUUUAAUAGUGCAGAAAUAUACAUGUGGAGAUCUGCUCAAUUCAGCUUCUUCCAAUUGUUAGCAUUUCAACACACAGUAGACUGUAUAUGACUAUAACUGUAUAUGACACCCAGUUUCUUUUUCAAAGGCAUGCUUUGUACUGAUGCCAGUUAGGCUGUCACUGAGCCAGAAUAAAGAAAACAAGGACAUGCUGAAGAUAUUCUCUGCUACCAGCUCCUACUGCAUGUUUUUUUUAAGGUCUUCAGCAACAACAAUGCAAUACACAGGCAGUUUUAAUUGUAACAAUCAGACAUUUUACUGAGAUGAGCCUAGUAUCUUUGCCUUUAGUCCCUCUAUGGAAGCUGAAGGAGGGACACUCUUGUAAGAGGCAUCAUGAAUGAUUUUUUUUUCUUCAAUGCACAGAAGUAAGAGUUUUGCUCACUGAGAGCUCCUGUUGAAAAUUUGGGCACAGAUUUCCCACACUUUUCCAUACAUUUUGGUUGGCACUGCUGGUGAGCUAAGUUCUCAUGGCCCCAGCCCAAGAGAAAAACUUGGACCAUUGCUUCAUGUCCUUAAACAGGAUUCAUUGCAUUGCAUAUUGAGGUUCCAGGUAUCAAGAUUGCUUUUUAAUGGAGUAACCUGUGUUACUGGAAUAUUUCUUGAAUGUAGUGUAUUCAAAUUUUGACUUGACAAUGGAAAGGCAUCUACAAAUCCCAAAUGCUUCAGUUGUUGAAUGUGCACAUGUUUGAGAGGAAAUUUCUCCUUAGCUUUUGAAUUUGAUUGUGAGUGGCAUUGCUGACGGUGGCCAUUUAAUCUCUGCUCUGUUAUUGUGUGCUGUGUAACUUAAAACAAAAUUGAACUGAUUGUAUUAAAAAUAGAAUUAACAAUG